AUGCGUAUCGAUCCAAUCUGCACCGCCAUACGCUUCGCCCCGGUCCUCGUCCUCCUCAAUGUCCACUGCUCUGGCGGGCGCUGGCCAACGGAUGCAGACUGUGCCGAGCGCGUGAUGCGUUACGGCUUCAGCGUCGACCUCUUUUCCGAACAACCUGCCAGGGUCUUCACGCACCUGUUCGUGCACAUUUCAUCCACACACCUUCUCAGCAACGUCUUUUCCUUCGCCGCGACUCUUGUCGAGUUCGGCAACAUGACAGACCCCGCGGCACCUUCCGCGGCAGCUCGUCUCUCAGACACUUCGCACGAUGGCGAGGGACGGGGUGCAACCAGCGGUGCGGCGGCGAGCUUUGCCACACAGAGGAUGGCGUUGGAGAUGUGCGCCAUAUGGGGUGAGCAGAGCCGCCUUCAGGCGUGUGCUCGCUCGGCCGGCGCGUUUCUUGUGUGGGCCGUCGGCGGUGCCGUCGGUGGACUGGGCUGUCAGAUGCUCUACAACAGCUUUGCGCUGGCACUGCGCCGAGAGCGUGCUGCGCGAGCCGCCGCUGCUGCUGCUGCUGUUGCCAACACGAAGCACAGUGCUGCACCUGGUAGUGCUGGCGAACGCAUCCUGGACUCCAUUGGACGAGGCGUCAAGACGCUCUGGCAGCGCGCGGAGGUGUACAGCAGCAACUUCGCCGUGUCAGCGCAGGAGGUAGUGAACAAUGAGAUGCUCAUGUGUGGGGCCAGUGCGGGAAUCUGUGCUCUCUCUGGGUUCAGCGCCGUCUGCUACGGCCGCCCCAUCACCGCGUUCUGCCUCGCUGUGCCGGAGGCUCUUCUGCUUACUGCCGACAUCAUUCACCUCUAUGUCGCGCAGCUGGCACCGGAGCGCGGCGCCCCGAACUCAGUGGCGGAGGCGGCGCGGCGUGCGCUGCAGUCUGUGUGGCGCGUACGGAUGCCUGGCCAGACCGUCGGCCACGCCGCGCACGUGGGCGGCUUUGUGGUAGGCGUGGGUAUGGGCUACUGUUGGCUGUGGUUGCAGAGGAAGUGGCGGCGGUGGCGCCUACAUCGCAUGGACAGUCGUCGCUGCGCCGCCCAGUUGCUGCUGAGGCCAGUCCUACACACAUGCGUGCAUCGACGCUCUGGGCUCUAA